AUGAAGCCGCCCGUUGGACCGCCUGUGGAGGUGAGGCAAGCUCAGCCGCCACCGUCUACAAAGAUCACAGGUCGUUUAGUCGAUUUGGAACCGUUGACGACUGGACAUAUCGACGAUCUGUAUCCGAUUAUUGGAACCUCCGAUCAAGCUGCCCUAUGGACAUACAUUCCAAAGGGGCCAUUUCCAGACAAACCCGCCUUUACCGAAUUCAUGACUAUGAACGUGCAGUCGAAAGACCCCUUCUUCUAUGCGGUCCUCGAUCGUAACACUCAAAAGCCCAUUGGCUUCUUCAGUCUCCUUCGCAUCGAUCGAACCAAUCGCGUGAUCGAGAUAGGCUUCAUCGUGUUCUCGCUGCUGCUGCAGCGAACGACUGCAGCAACGGAAGCCGUGUAUCUCCUUGCUCGGACUGUCUUCGAGGAGCUCGGCUAUCGCAGGUUCGAAUGGAAGUGCGAUAAUCUCAAUCAACCGUCUAAGAGGGCGGCGGCUCGGUUUGGGUUCAUGGCAGAAGGAGUCUUUCGCCAGCAUUUGAUUGUGAAGGGGCGGAAUCGAGAUACAGCUUGGUUCUCUAUUCUAGAUUCCGAAUGGCCUGGCGUGAAGCACGCAUUUGAGAGCUGGUUGGACCCAGGCAAUUUCGAUGCACAGGGAAAGCAGGUGCACUCCCUCGUCGAGCUUCGUCGGUCUGCAGAAUUCUAG